AUGUCGAUCGAUAAAAAACUCAUAGAGACCGACUAUGAUCUAACUUUGGCUGAUGAGGUGACCCAGCAGAUGAAGACAUAUGCAAGAUCGACCACUACCAGAGUUACCAAAAGACUUUUGGACAGCCGUGAAACAAGCUUUCCGAAACGGUCAACAAGGACAAAGUGGAACAUCGAAGGUGACGAAAGUAAGACACAGACGUACCAAGAAAUAAUCGAUGUCGGGAAUAAUCCGUUUUUAGUAACCGAACACAUCAAGGAAGAUGAACUUGACCUGAUUCUUCACCAACACAUCUGCAAGCAUGUUGAAUAUCUCAAAUAUUUUGAACGAUCCAGAAAUGGGGACUCACCAACAUCUACAAUUCCUACGACUCCUCCUCCUCCUUCAUCUCACAAUUAUAAACAACCACGAUUUAUAACUAAUAAUGAAUAUAUGGAUAUAGCUUGGUCUCCCUGGCAGUUUGAUGCGAUUAUUUGCGAAAUAGAUAUCGAAGAAAAAUUAAUAGGCUUAUGUGAGAAAGAAAAGAAAGCAAAGGUGAAAUCAUCAUUAAGUUAUGGUAUUGUCGACCUGAAUGAUAGUAGAAUCAUGGACGUCUUGGGACAACCUGUAAAGUUUUAUUUUGAAGCAGAAAUGAAGAAAUAUAAGCCACAAAGAGCCGUUGCAGAAGAUGCUUUGGAAACUUUGAAGUGUUUAAAUGUAACAUCAUUAUCGGAACUUGGAAAAGCUCUUUCAAGUAUCACCAUUAAUUACGAAAUCCAAAUAGAGAUACAGUAUAUUUGCGUCAUUUGUUUGAGAAAUUAUAGUUCCGAAUUACAAGAAGGAUGGUACAACAGCAACAUUGUUACGCCAUUCUUCGACGAUUGCUUAGCUUCACUCAGCAAUUGUAUUCUCCGGCGCGGUGAAGUCGCAAGCAAAGCACAAAAAUUACUUGGAAUUAAAUCAUCAAAAGCGCCAAAAUAUGACGGAGUCUUGUCAUUUAAUAGAAAAAUCGAAUUUAUUUAUGUGGAAACAGCAACCACAUCAAUAUUGUCAAAAAGAUAUAAAGACUUGUCAAAAUUGCACGAAGCAAUAGCUAUAAUGUUCAAGCUUAUAGUAUCCUCAUUACCAGAGAAAAUUGUAUACGAAGUGUCAGAUUUGCCCAUCCUUUGCAUUCAAUUCUGUGGAACAACGGCUGACGUAUACCUUGCUAAUUGGCCAGUUAAAAUGCGCCCUGUUGUUUUUUCAAUAAUGGAAUUUGACAUUCCGGAACAAGUUACAUCUUUACCGAGUCUAACGAAGUCGGCUGUAAGAAUGUUAACAUUGCGGUCAUUAAUUCAAGACCUCCAUAAACGAUAUCAAUCAUUAUUAAAAAAAAUCACUGAUAAUUACUUAGAUUAUGACAAUACUUGGACAUCCCCAUUGAAACUGAAGACUAGAUAA